AGCUGCCCAAGAUCGACUCCCUGAAGCCCGACAGACACACAUGGCCGAGUGAGUCACUUACAUGGGGCCAUGAUAACGGGAGUCUGUGGCCCGAAUUGGAUCGGCUAUGUGCAACGAGCAGUCCAAGGUACCAGACGCGCAUCUUAUCUCUGAAACCACGCACAAAAAUAGUCUUCUACAGCUUUUUCAGAGCCCACAAAGCAAAUAAUGCUACGGCAACAUCCUGCGCUUCGCAACAUCACCCGGCGGUAUGCAUCUGGCGCUGCCUCGACCGGCCCGCAGCCACGUGCCUCAGUGCCCAACUACGCGCUCUUCAACGAGCGGCUAGGCAAGGCCCGCUCGACAAUACUCGAGAACAAGCCCCUGACACUUGCGCAGAAGAUCCUGUACGCCCACCUGCACGACGUGUCGGCCAUGUCCAGCGCGCCGGUGCCAGGCGAGACGUAUCUGAAGCUGUCGCCAGACCGAGUAGCCAUGCAGGACGCGUCGGCACAGAUGGCGAUUCUGCAGUUCAUGCUGUCAGGCAUGCCGCAGACGGCAGUGCCCACAUCGAUCCACUGCGAUCAUCUGGUGGAGGCAUACGAGGGAGCCGACAAGGACGUUGCGCGCAGCUGGCAGACGAGCCGCGAGAUCUACGAGUUUUUGCAGGCGGCGUCGCAAAAGUACGGCAUUGCGUUCUGGAAGCCCGGAAGCGGUAUCAUCCACCAGCUUGUCCUGGAAAACUACGCGGCACCCGGCACGCUGAUGCUGGGAACUGACUCGCACACGCCCAAUGCUGGCGGCCUCGGCAUGCUGGCCAUUGGCGUUGGUGGUGCCGACGCUGUCGAUGCCAUGGCAGCUAUUCCGUGGGAGCUCAAGGCACCACGCGUGCUGGGCGUGCAUCUGAAGGGCAAGAUGAAUCCGUGGGGCAGCCCCAAGGAUGUGAUUCUGAACCUGGCUGGCCAGCUGUCGGUGCGUGGCGGGACCGGCUAUAUUGUUGAGUAUUUUGGCGAAGGCGUUGACUCGCUGUCAUGCACGGGCAUGGCCACAAUCUGCAACAUGGGUGCUGAAAUUGGAGCUACCACAUCGGUAUUCCCGUAUACGGCGUCGAUGAGACGCUACUUGAGCGCCACACAGCGUGCCGAUAUUGCUGAGGCCGCAAAUGCCCAGCAGGCAGCGUACCUCAGCGCCGACACUCAAGUCAAGGCUGACCCCGCAAAGUACUACGAUCAGAUUGUCGAGAUCGACCUGGACAAGCUUGAGCCGGGCUACAACGGUCCGUUCACGCCAGACCUGUACACCGCGCGGUCCAAGAUGUCGGACCAGGUGGCCAAGGAGGGAUGGACCGACAAGGUCAGUGCGGCUCUUAUUGGCUCAUGCACGAACUCGUCGUACCAGGACCUGUCGCGCGCCGCAUCGCUGGCUCGCCAGGCCUCGAAGCACGGCAUCAGGGUGGCUGAGGGCACCGAGUUCCUGGUCAGCCCCGGCAGCGAGCAGAUCCGAGCGACCAUGGAGCGCGACGGCAUCCAGAGCGCCUUCGAGGCGAUUGGCGCCAAGGUCCUUGCCAACGCCUGUGGGCCCUGCAUCGGCCAGUGGAACCGCGACGAGAACCCGGUGGUGAAGAACCGCGAAAUGAACUCGAUCGUGUCGAGCUUCAACCGCAACUUCCGUGCACGCAACGACGGCAACCCGAAUACGCUCAACUUUUUGACGUCGCCGGAAAUGGUGCUGAGCGCUGCGCUCAGCGGCCGGCUGUCGUUCAACCCUCUGACCGACUCGCUGACGGCCGCCGAUGGCUCCCAGUUCAAACUCGAGCCGCCCGCCGGCAACGAGCUGCCCACAGAAGGCUAUGCGGCGGGGCGCGCCGAGUACCGCCCGCUGUUGGACCACAAGCCCGAGAUGCAUAUCCCGAUUACGCCGACCUCGCAGCGCCUGCAGUCGCUCGAGGCAUUCAAGCCCUGGGACGGCCAGGAGUUCAAGGACACACGUGUACUCAUCACCGUGCAGGGCAAGUGCACGACCGACCACAUCUCGGCUGCUGGCAAGUGGCUCAAGUACAAGGGCCAUCUGGAGAACCUGGCCCGCAACACGCUGAUUGGCGCAGCCAACGCAGCGCUGGACGGCAAGGUCAACUGGGUACGCAAUGCUAUUGAUGGCCUGGAGCCGGCCGAGGGCACCAUCCCCGAUGUGGCCACAUCAUACAAGAACAGCAACGUGCCGUGGCUGGUCAUUGCUGACUACAACUACGGCGAGGGCUCGGCCCGCGAGCACGCUGCCAUGCAGCCGCGCUUCCUCGGCUGUAACAUGGUCGUGGCCCGGUCGUUCGCGCGUAUCCACGAGACCAACCUGAAGAAGCAAGGUGUUCUGCCGCUAGUUUUUGCCCGCCCCGACGAGGACUACUUCCUGUUUACCAAGAACCCACACGAGCUGGUCGUGCGCACCGAGGGCGUCAAGGAUAUCUCCGAGUCGACCCCGACCGUCUCGCUUAUUGUCGAUCGCGUGCAGAACGGCAAGGUUGUCGAAUCCCACACUGUUCUUUGCAACCAUACCAUGAGUGCUGACCAGAUCGGGUGGUUCAAGGCCGGCAGUGCGCUGAACCUGAUUGCCUCGCAGCAAAAGUAGAAGCGCCAUUGUCCAGAAAGAGUGAUUUUAAAAUUAUUCAAAAAGAGCGCUGCAAAUGAAAUGCGCGAAUUUGGAAUAUGUGGGUAUCCCUGCCACAACCCAGAUUAUCUGGAGUCAUGUACGUCAUUGAUAUACGGAGUACAUCCCAGAUCGGUACCCGAUUAGCCCUGUCAUGUA